AUUAAUCGCUUAUGCGAUAACACAUCACUACAGCUAUCGAAAACUGGGUACUCUGUCAGCUUGCACUCGCGGCUUUUAAAAAUUGUAAUAGAUUAUAUAUUUCACUUAAUAUAAUUUAUGAAAACAUGGACAGUAUAAUUGGGCGUAGUCAGUUCGUCUCAGAAACAGCGAAUCUCUUCACAGAUGAAAAAACAGCCACUGCGCGUGCAAAGGUUGUGGAAUGGUGCAAUGAAUUCGGCACAGCAAAUGCUACGUUGAAAUGCGAGCUGCUGGUCAAAGUGCAGGAAAUAGUGCUUAGUUCAUGUGUGGAGUUGGCAGAGGAGUUCUUGGAGCCGGUGCUUUCACUGUCACACGAUCAGAAUCAAGAGGUACGCAAGCAAGUGGUCUCCUUUAUUGAACAGAUAUGUAAGGUUAAAGUGGAACUGCUGCCUUAUGUUAUUAAUGUGAUAUCUAUGAUGUUGCGAGACAGUUCAGCUCAAGUCAUAAAACGUGUUAUACAGGCUUGUGGAAGCAUCUAUAAAAACGGACUGCAAUAUUUAUGCAGUUUGACUGAUGCCAGUGACAGUGCCGAGCAAGCAUGGAACGUCUUAAGUUUAAUAAAAGCACAAAUUCUGGACAUGAUUGACAAUGAAAACGAUGGCAUCCGCACAAAUGCCAUUAAAUUUCUGGAAGGCAUCAUAAUACUUCAAAGCUAUGCGGAUGAGGAUAGUAUGAAACGAGAGGGCGAUUUUUCGCUAGCCGAUGUGCCGGAACAGUGCAAACUUAUCAGGCGUCAAAAGUUGCAGGACGAAGGCACUAACAUAUUUGACAUUAUGUUGCAAUUCCAUGGUACCACGCACAUCUCUUCGGUUAAUCUGAUUGCCUGUACGAGCAGUCUGUGCAUGGUGGCGAAAAUGCGACCUGUUUUUAUGGGCACUGUUGUUGAGGCUUUUCGACAACUCAACAACAAUCUACCGCCAACACUAACUGACUCACAGGUGAGUUCGGUAAGAAAGAGCUUGCGCAUGCAGCUCCAAAUGCUCCUCAAACUGCGUGGCUCAUUCGAGUUUGCUGGAACAAUACGUAAUAUACUAAUGGAUUUGGGAGCUAGUGCCAAUGAAAUACAAAAAUUGCUGCCUAAAAUGGAUAAGCAAGAGAUGGCACGCAGGCAGAAGCGAAUACUAGAAAAUGCGGCACAGAGCUUGGCAAAAAAAGCACGUCUGGUGGAGCAGGAUCGACAGCAGCAGCAGCAGCUGCGUGAAAUGGAACUUGAUGAGGAAGAGCUGGAGAGACAGCGUCAAAAGAGUACGCGUGUCAAUGAAAAGUUUCUGGCAGAGCAUUUACGUUCAACUGAAACUGUGGUGAAUCUUGUUGUUGAAUUCUUGCCCGCGCUGCCGGACGCCGCAACCCCCAAAUUCCUGGCAGAGUACACACCGAUCAAGCAGCUGUCACUUCCGCAACAAGUGAGCAGUAUUUCCCAUCAAUUUGGGCAGCAGCUGACGGAGAUGCGCCUGGGACCCGGUUUGGCAGCGUUCAGUAAAGAACCGCCUAUGAAGCCAAAGACUCCGUCUAGCAAUGCCAUGCCUGAUCCAGAAGCUAUGGUUAUGGAUGUGGACGAUGCACAAACCAAGUUAAGAGAACAGGAGCUGCAACGAAAGGAAGAAGCAACCAAGAAGUUACGUGAGACUAUGGAACGGUCCAAAGGCGAACAGACGGUCAUUGAGCGCAUGAAAGAGCGUGCUAAAACGCUCAAACUGCAGGAGAUUACCAAGCCCCUGGCACGUAACACUAAAGAAAAGUUUCUCCUGGAUGCCAUCAUACGAAUUCUUAACUCGGAGCGACAGUGCAUUAUGGGCGGUGUGGCUGCCAAGCGACGUAAAUUAGUGACCGUUAUUGCGGCCACGUUUCCAGAUAAUGUGCGCUAUGGUAUCAUGGAAUUCAUACUAGGUGAUAUCAAGCAGCGCAUAGAUCUUGCCUUCUCCUGGCUCUUUGAGGAAUACUCUUUGCUGCAAGGAUUCACUCGUCAUACUUAUGUGAAAACAGAGAAUCGUCCAGAUCAUGCCUACAACGAACUCUUGAAUAAACUUAUUUCUGGCAUCAAUGAGCGCUGUGAGUAUAAGGACAGAAUCAUUUUGCUGCGCCGCCUAUUCCUAGAGGCUCCUAUACUCCCCGAGGAGGCGAUUGUGCAACUCGUAAAGUUGUGCCUGGUCGAAGAAUUUAUGCCGCACGGUUUGGAGAUAGUCAAGGAUCUAGCGGUGCUAAGACCUCCGCGCAAAAACCGUUUCGUACGAGUACUUCUUAACUAUGCAGUUCACGAACGUGCCGAUCUACGAGAACGUGCUUUGGCCCAAUUAAUAACCAUUUAUCACGUGCACAAGAUUGUUCCAGCACGUAUUGAUGAGUUUGCUGUGGAGUGGUUAGAAUUUGUAGUUGCUGAAACACCACCAAAUACCAUAUUUUCGUCAGAUUACGGCAGGCCUACGCCGGAGGCGGCUUGGAAAGAAGAUACCGCCAAGGUGUGUCUACUCCUGGCCCUCGCACUGUUACCCUACAAGCCGGAAGUUUAUCUGGAGAAGAUUUGUCAGGUGUUUAUCGAGACAUCGGCUGAGCUAAAACGCACCAUAUUACGCAGCUUGGAUGCCCCCAUUAAGAAAUUGGGCGUAGAGUCUCCAGAGUUACUCAAGCUGUUGGAGGACUGUCCAAAGGGCUUGGAAACGCUGGUAAUACGCAUUAUUUACAUAUUAACAGAGCGCGUGCCUACCCCACAUCCCGAACUGGUUCAACGUGUGCGCGAUCUCUACCAAAACAAAGUCAAAGACGUGCGAGUGCUAAUACCCAUUCUGAGUGGUCUUUCGCGCUCUGAACUAAUCGCCGUGCUGCCUAAAUUGAUAAAGCUUAAUCAGGCUGUUGUCAAAGAGGUCUUUAAUCGGUUGCUUGGAAUUGGAGCUGAGUUUGCUCAUCAACAGAUGGCGCUAUCACCCGCGGAUUUGCUUGUAGCUUUGCACACCAUCGAUACUAGUGUGUGGGAUCUGAAGUCAAUAGUGAAAGCCACCUCGCUGUGUCUAUCCGAGCGAGAAGUUUAUACGCAAGAAGUGUUGAUGGCUGUGUUGCAGCAACUGGUUGAUAUAAUGCCUGUGCCCACGCUCAUAAUGCGCACCACUAUACAGAGCUUAACGCUAUGGCCACGUCUUUCUAACUUCGUGCUAAAUCUGCUGCAACGUCUAAUACUGAAGCAAGUCUGGCGUCAAAAAGUCAUCUGGGAAGGCUUCCUUAAGACUGUGCAGCGCCUCAAGCCGCAAUCUCUAUCCGUACUACUACAGCUCCCGCCACCACAGUUGGCAGACGCAUUACAGCAGUGUCCCGACCUCAGACCCCAAUUGCUUGAAUACGCGGAAAGUAUACAAGACGAGCCUAUGAGCGGCAUCACUCAGCAGAUAUUGGAUAUUAUUACCGGAAAAGCGGUGGACGUGUUUGUUACGGAUGAAAGCGGUGGCUACAUUAACCCUGACAAUAUCAAAAAGGAGCUAGUGGAAUCCACAGAUCUGAACGUGAUUUCAACCGUGCCCGUUUUGACUUCGUUGCCAGUUGCUGCACCACAGCCUGUACCUGCACCACAGCCAGUACCCGCGCCCGUGUUAGGUGAAUUAAAUCAACCAUUGCCACCUGGCGAGGAUUAGUCGUAGUUUAAUUUACUCUGUUUUGUUUAAUUUAUACAUUCGGUAUUUUAGUAAACACGCUAAAUAUGUAAUUCAAAUAUGUUAAUUGUCGUAUUUGGUUUUAAAGUUGUUUGUU